GCUAAUCCACAAGCGACACACAGUGCAUAGUACGGCUUCAAACCAUCGAGGCUGCGUCACGUCCGUAGCGGAGGAAUCGUCUUUAUAAGGACUGCGCGUCGUUUUCCGGUCUCUUUUCAGCCCUCGAUUCCAAGAUGACCAAGAAGAGAAGGAAUAACGGACGUGCCAAGAAGGGCCGCGGUCAUGUCCAGCCCAUCCGCUGCACAAACUGUGCCCGCUGUGUUCCCAAAGACAAGGCCAUCAAGAAAUUUGUCAUAAGGAACAUAGUGGAGGCUGCCGCCAUCAGGGAUAUCUCUGACGCAAGUGUCUUCGAUUCUUAUGCUCUGCCCAAGCUGUACGUGAAACUGCAUUAUUGUGUCAGCUGCGCCAUCCACAGCAAGGUCGUCAGGAACCGUUCCCGUGAAGCUCGCAAGGAUCGUACGCCUCCCCCCAGGUUUAGGCCAGCGGGUGCACCUCCAAGAGCUCCACCAAAGCCAAUGUAAGAAGAUUGGCUAAGAUGUAUCUUACCAAAUAAAACUGUCCAAACUUA